GUUGCAACUGAGUAAGCGUUCUAUAAGUCUGCCCUUACACACUCUUACUGGAUCUGACGCCCAGUAGUUCAGUCGUCGUAACGUAUAUAUAUGUACGUUUGAGCUCGGUGUUGGCACGGAGUUUACGAGACACCCAACGGUCUACACUUCAAGGAUUUUUCCGCACGCAAAAAUGGGUCAGUGUAGUUCAAGGACAGCCGAGCAGUUUAACGAGUUUGCGUCGCUUACGACUAUAAAGUUGUGUGAAAAACGCACUCCCGGCGUUUCUCAAGGAAAAUGGAGAGCGGACGCCUCUCAGAACGAAGCGGCAGCGGAGAGACGGCGCCGUGGCUGCGGGACUCACGACGACUGCUCUGGACUCGUCUUUGUGGCUGAUCCGACUGGUGGGGUGUGGAUAGACGAAACCCUCGGGAGACAAAGGUGAACCUGCGGAUGUGAACUUUUAGUCGUCGUUCUUCUUGUUUUUCCCUGAAAUCCACCGUGAGGUUUCUAAAGGUGAUGAAGUCAAACCAGUGCUGGACGUAUCUGGAAAGACUGAGAUGGGAUGUCUGUGGGGCCCAUUUAACUUUUUUUAUUUGUUUGUUUGGUUUCCACUAACUGAAAUGGAAACAGAUUUAUUUGAAGAGUUUUUCCAAGACAUUUAUGAUGUCAUAAUGCCUGGUCACGGUCACACGUGUCAUGAAGUCAGUUGAUAAAUGUAAUGGGAAACUCAUGAUUGAUUUCUUUAAACACACGUCUCAGGGCAACAGUCUUAACUGUAGACUUGUAAUUAUUUAUUUCAUAUCUAUUUAUUAGUUUUGCAAAGGUUAAAUUUUCAAGGUCCUAUUUUAUGUCAGAUGACGUUCUUUAGUUUCUUUAGGAUCUUUUUGAACAUGUGACGUGGGAACCCAUGAGAUUAUAAUUUAGUUUUAGCAUGCGAUAUUUUGUUGAAACGUGUACAUUAAGACAUGAGAGAAAUAUUAAGCAGAACUCCGUUCCAGGCAUUCUUAGCGUAUCAUUUGGGAGGUGUCCUGUGAUACUUUGACCCAUUAAUCGUACAGCACUAUGUAGAUAAGCUAGAUAUAAUACAUCACCGAGUGACGCAGACACCAUCUUAAGUAAACUUACAUUUGUUGCGAGAUCACAGCGAGAAGCUUUGGUGUUUGUGUACACCUGACCUACACAAUGGGCCAUUCAGGAUCCAGACACAAACCUGAAACCCGCAUCCUCCUCUUAGGGCUCGACGGAGCUGGAAAAUCAACGCUUCUUUACAAACUGAAGUACAACGAGGACUUCCACACGGUUCCUACAAUUGGAUUCAAUGUGGAAAUGAUCGAAGCGAAGAAGAACAGGGACAAAGUCACCCUGACCGUGUGGGACGUCGGAGGGCAGGUCAAGAUGCGAGCGCACUGGAGGAAUUUUUACCAGGACACGGCUGGAAUUGUGUUCGUCGUUGACUCUUCUGAUAUUAAGCGUCUGGACGAGGCCAAGAGCGUGCUGGAACAGACCUUAAAGAGCGACCACCUCAGGGGACUCCCGGUGGUGGUUCUAGCCAACAAGCAAGAUAUUGUACAAGCUGCAACGGUAACCGAGAUCACAGAGCAGUUUAACCUGAGAAAGAGCUGCAGUGAUCGAGACUGGUUCAUUCAGCCGUGUUCUGGGCUGACUGGAGCGGGGCUGGUGGACGGCUUCAGACGAAUGGCACACCUGGUGAAAAUGAUACCCGAGGACAAUAACAUCAAAGAGACUGUGAAGUACAUAACAUCAAAAUCAGUUAUAUCAAUGAAGAAGUAGUAUGCAUGGCAAAUUAUUAACCACUUUUUAUGGAAAGUUAUGUACACGGCGCUACUACAUUUUUAUAGUUCAUAACAGGUGUACUGGGAGAAAAACUCACUACUGAAAAAAAUGCAAAAGUUAUCUGGCUUAUAAAUGAAUUUGAAAUUGAAUAUAGCAACCAAGAUAAAUCUUCGAUGUCUGCGAUGAAAUUAAUGCCCAUACGAACAGCAAAAAGAAUCAUGUACACUGAAAUGGAGGAUGAAUAAUAGGGACCAUAAAAGGGUCUAAAAAGUUACAAUGAUUAAUUUAAUGUAUUUAACAUAUGCUUCAAAGUACACUUUUAAUGUACAGUUUGUAUUUAAAUUUGUUUUGAAACGUACUUGACAACCAGACUUUCAAAAAGUUAUUCAAGUAAUUGUGAAGUAAAGGGAAGAAGAAGAAAAAAAAAAAAAAAAAAAAAAAAAAAGUGCCAAAUGUUACUUUAAAUUAUAAUUCAAAAAUAUUUAUGGGUGCACAUCAAAAAAUGUGAAAGUUUUUUUUUUUUUAAUUGCACAAAAAAAAACACUUCAAUUGAGAUUAAUUUUAAUGUAUAAACACCAUUUCUGUGACCACAGCAUCUGCAGUAAUCGGCAAGGACCAAGAUGAGAGGUUCUAAAAUUUUUAUUUAUUUUUUUCCUCCCCGAUAGAAAAGGUCACAUUGUCAGUUUCCAUUUUUCCCCCUCUGUGCUUACGUUCCUUAUGCAGAGAGUCACUGUUCAAACCCGCUCCCCUCUUCUGAACCGAAGAGAUCAGCAACAUUAAGGAACAGGCUCUUCUCUAAUGGACUGAAGCCCUCAGUCACUUUAUUGGUUUUAAACUCCAGUUCUUCCACAGGAAUCAUCGUGGUUGAGUUAAAGAGCUUCGGCUCCUCAGCAACAGAUGCUGAGGUGACCUCAGCUGGGCCGGACGGCGGGAACCCAGUUGACCGGGUGCUGGUUUCUUGCUUUGAUAUCAGAAACAAAGGGCCUAAUGUGGCAAUCUUGCCCUGGUCUGUUAUAAAGAGGAGAAAAGUGUUUAAGUGCCACAUUACUUGAAUAAGCUGAAGAAUGAGACAUUAAAAAUGUGAAAACCUUU